CUGAGCUAUUUAUAAGAGAAGACAGUAGUAUAUUAUUGACAGCUAAAUAAGAUGUUGACAUCUAGAGUACCUAGGACAUGCACCUAAUGCCUUUCUUCUCAGAUGUGCAUGGAUAUCUGCAGUACUUAGUGAGGAGGAGAAUUGUCUUAUCGUCUUGACAGGUAAAUCAUUGCACAUCUAGAUUCAAAUUAUUUUUCUGUUUGCUUAUAUUGCUAAUCAUGUGACCUACAGCCAAUGACAUACAUCAAAUCCAGCCAUGUGCAAUAAGUUAUUAUUGUAGAUUCGUCAUCAUUCAAAUCAUCCAGCCAUCUCAAAAGUGCAGCUUGAAGCUAUAGGUAGCUUUUUCUAAUCUGAAAACUAGGUUUUCAGCUUCGUGAUCAGCAAUAAAACCUUUGAGCUAGCCAACGUGUUUUAAUGCUGGUGCACUCGGAUUCGAUGAUGCAAUAAUGCUCUCGAUUGAGUAAAUGCACUCGCUACGCUCGAGCAUUAUUGCAUCGUCUUCGUGGAUACAUUAAAAACUUAUUGCUAGCUAUAAGUGUGUACUUAAAGUUGCGGUCAGUGAAGUCAUACAAUGUGGAUUGUGGGGGCUGAAAAUGUAUAAGGGAGACCAAGUUGGCAAGGUAACUGAUUGGUUUGUCUACCGAGGGCGUAUCUGCCCCUUCACUUAUAUACCUCAGCAUUCAUUCUCUGAGUACAGUGUGAAUCAAGACUACAUAAGAUGUCAACAAAUGCAGUGCUCAAGUUUAGAAGGACUCACAGAUUUUACUGGCUUUGUCUUACUGCAUUCACAGUUGCAAUCACUUGCUGUGAAUCAACCUUUGAGUGGAGCUGCUCUAACGCUGUAUCAGACAGUGAUUCAUGCAAUGAUCACCUAUAUAUUCCUGACAUAGAUGUUGAUAUAAACAAUUUGGGAGACAUUGAGUCCACCUAUCCUGCGACUGUCAUCAUUUACCCCGUGACAUUAAACUCUCUGGAUUGUAAUGGCAUUGUCACUGGAGUGGAAUAUUGCUACAGAAGAGCUGAUUUAAACUCAAACAUUUUCACAUUGCUCAUUUUGAGAGAGAAUGCAGACACGUUUAGAAUUACUAGAGUUAUGCUCAUUCCCCGCCCACCUAGUACCGAUGAAACGUGCAAUGGAAUGAUAUGCUGUGGCUCACACAGCUUCACCUCUGUUGAGCAAUUUGAACUGCCAAUAAGUAACUUUGCAUUUGGAGUUAUAGAUCCUAUUGGUGGACAUGAACUUUUUGGCUUUCAUAGCACCCGCACAGAAUUUCAAACCUUGCAAUACCUUAUUCUUCCUAGUAGUGUAACUAUUACUGUCAACGCAGCCAUAACAAAAUCUGGACGUCUUGAAAAUUGAACGAUUCGGAUUAUGAGAUUUGUUGUUGAAAUCUCUUCUGAUGGUUCAAUUACCACAGCUCCAAACACAGCAGCACCAGAAAUCUCUUCUGAUGGUUCAACUACCACAGCUCCAAACACAGCAGCACCAGAAAUCUCUUCUGAUGGUUCAACUACCACAGCUCCAAACACAGCAGCACCCCCCUCUGGGGGGACAGGUGGUGGUGACAGCUCUCUCCCUAUUAUCCUGGGUGGAGUGGUUGGUGUACUGGUGUUCGUGGUGCUACUGAUGGUGGGUGUGUUUGUGUUGGUUGUGUGCAUUCGUACGAGGAAGAGAUCUACUGAUAAAUGGAAGCCUGAGGUCGUAUCUGAACGACAACUUGCAGAGGGUAGUCAGAGAGGGGUGAUCAAUAAUGGUAUCCUCAGCACUGGGGAUGCUGAAGAGGAAGUUAUUGAGCUAAACUUUCCAAGGCAACUGACCGAAACUAUUACCCAAAAUCCAUUGUACAUGCCCAACACAGAUGCAUCCAUCAACUACGAGGGAGAGUAUGAAUAUUCUUACAUUGAUCCAGAAGAUAUACGCAUUCUAGCAAGAAAUCCAAUUGUCAGUCAAGAUAAAACAGACAAAGUAGCCACUUCAACAAGGAGAUCUGGAGAUGGCUCAGAAAUGGCCACAUCAGCACCAUUGACCAGAAAAGAAAUGCAUUAUAAUCAAGUACCUACUGCUGACAAUAUUUGUUAUGGCUCAACUAUUCCACGAGGUCAUUCUGACCAAGUGCCAACUUCUGACGAUGUUGCUUAUGGCUCUGCUGCUUGACAAGAAAAACCAAUUGACUUGUUGGAUGUUCUGGCUUGAUUAAAUGAAUUACGUGUGUAGCUAUAUUAUUCCUUAUCAUCUGUCUAAAACUAUGGCCAGUAAAGUCAUAUACAGAUUGUGUGAACACUCAUUAACCCGAGCCACGGGUCAGUCAUUCAGUGUGUUUGUUUGUUGUUUUGUCCGUCUGUAAUUUUUCCGAUAUAAUUAUUAUUUCAGCUAACUUUGAUUGC